AUGACGGAAGAUGAUUAUUUGGAUUACACCCUUUACCCGCCGAUCUCAAAUCGCGGUCAAUAUCACCCAGACGAUGACACCCAUGACCUGGCGCUGUUGAAGGGGGAAUGGUAUUUAGUAGAUGGAUCUGUUUUAGUUUGAUGCCUUGUAGUUGCCCGAAUACUGAUUCGGGUCAAUUUGUUGUUGGUUGUAUUUGUACUGCUGGGUGACCCAGUUGUGGUGUAAGUAUGAAGAUCAUGAUGUUGGCUUACCUCAAAACUUCUCUCCGAAGACCUUCAAAACAUCUAAAACACUAUAAUCAAACAUCUCUUCUUCCAGGCACGAAUUCGAGGCUGAGUGGGCUUCCCGCGUCCUUCAUGUCGAGAACCUCGAGUCUAGCACCUUUGCUUCUGGACAGAGUCAGAAGGUCCAAAUCGAGAUCCCAGAUGUGAGUUCUUUACUCCAUGUGAUCGAUGGGCCUGAUGUCACGCGCUACCGGAGUUUCGACGAAAAAGAGCGACCG